GGGUGGGAUGAGGACAUGGAGGAGAGGAUGAAACAGCAGCAGAUUUUUGAGAAGCUGAAGGUCCACAAGGAAGUAUUGGGGUCUGUGAAAUAUCAGCCAUGGACAUUGAGAAAGAAAAUGAAAUUGGUGAGACAAGCCAAGUCGUAUAUCAGACAACAUGAAGGCGCUCUUCAGGUUCGACUUGCACAGAGUAGGAACACCAGGGACAUCCUCACCCAGGUGUCGAUAUUCAUCAACAAGAAGUGGCAGUAUUUUCGAAGAGAAAUCGUCAAUCUUCAAAAGUGGAUGGUACCCUGGGAGCUCAGGAUUAAGGAGAUCGAGUCUCACUUCGGUUCUGCUGUAGCUUCUUACUUCAUCUUUCUCCGCUGGCUCUUCUGGAUUAAUUUCGUGAUAUCCUUGAUACUGACCAUCUUCGUGGCAGUCCCGGAAAUCCUGACGGCUGAUCAUAGUCUAGCGGGUGAUCGCAAGAUGAUGCCCCCUGAGGUCAAGGCUAAAGCCACACACCUGUUGACACUCUGGGAGUUCGAAGGAAUCAUUAAAUACUCGCCUUUCUUCUAUGGGUGGUAUACCAAUCGGAACCCUGAAGACGUAGGAUACAGAAUGCCGCUCGCAUAUUUCGUCGCCAAUCUUGUCAUUUACACGUACAGUUUCGUCGCUAUACUCCGCAAAAUGGCGGAAAAUUCCCGGAUGAGCAAGUUAUCAGAGAAAGAGGACGAGUGCGCCUUCUCCUGGAAGCUCUUCACGGGGUGGGACUUCAUGAUAGGAAAUACUGAAACUGCACACAACAGGGUAGCAAGUACCAUCGUAGGAUUUAAGGAAUCCCUUCUGGAAGAAGCGGAAAAGGAAAAGCAACUCGGACACUGGAAAAUAACAACAGUUAGAAUCCUCGUGAACCUCGCAGUGCUAUUCCUCCUGGUGUUGUCUGCCUACGCAGUAGUGGAGGUUGUCGCAAGAAGUAUGCAACCUGACGCCAGUAGCAGCUGGUGGAGGCAAAACGAGAUCACAAUAGUCAUGUCCCUCAUAUCAUUUAUAUUCCCGAUAUUCUUCGAGGUCCUGGGAUUCGCCGAGAACUACCACCCCAGGAAGCAGCUGAGAGUUCAACUAGCCAGAAUUAUGUUACUGAAUCUCCUCAAUUUAUACUCGUUAAUCAUUGCCCUGUUUGAUAAGAUCAGCCACAUGGAGGUAGACCUAGAUGCUUUAAAACCAAAAGCAGAAGUUUCCCCUGGAGCGAUGCUGUGGGAUUCCUCCCGCUGUCGAGAGGUUGAAUCACCCUGUAGAAAAUCUACAACUGGCUUGCCAUUUACCCUUUCUCCAAGAAAAUCCACGAAGUCUCGGAUCCUGACGACGAGUUUAGCAGCGAUGAGCUUGAUCAUUACACCGAACUCAACAGAAAAUUCUGUUUAUCCUGCAAAUCUAUUUGAACCACGACUCCCCGAUAGUUACGGGGAAACUCUGACAAAUGUCGAUGGAUCGAUGGACUACGAGUCGUUUAUGUCAUUAACAGAAAAUACUACAAUCCCUGGAGGAGCUGAAAAUUCAUCCUUUAAUCCAUCGUUUGAUGAUCAAGUGAAGUGGCCGACUUAUCCCCUCGGAGAAGAUCCCCAAAACCCUCAGGACAAUUACGAUGAUUACGAUCUCAACGUGAAUGGCGAUGUGAUCUCAAGUUUUACUGAAGGCACUGCUGACUCCACAACUACUGGACGAGAAUUAACUGCUGAAGAAACGACUCCAUAUCCUGAGGAGGAGUUAAACGGAAAGAAUUGUGUUUAUACUGUUUGUGAUGUGUGCGAAACACCGGAGUCGACUCAAGAAGACAGGGGAAACACACCAGUGAGUCUUUCUGCAAUAUUGAAGCUCAACAUAACGACUAAACGAAAACUGAGGAAGUUAUGCUGGGAGACAAUGUUCGGUCAGGAGUUGGCGAAGCUCACUAUGAUGGAUCUAUUCCUCACAAUAAUUGCUACACUAGGAGUUGAUUUUUUACGGGCACUCUUCGUGAGGUACACUCACACCUGGUGGUGCUGGGAUCUGGAGAAACGGUUUCCACAGUAUGGCGACUUUAAAAUCGCUGAGAAUAUUUUGCAUCUUGUUAAUAAUCAGGGGAUGGUGUGGAUGGGGAUGUUCUUCAGUCCCGGCUUGACUGCACUUAAUCUCGUCAAGUUGGGAAUUCUUAUGUAUUUGAGAUCGUGGGCUGUUAUGACAUGCAAUGUGCCACAUGAAGUUGUAUUCAAAGCUUCGAGGUCCAAUAAUUUUUAUCUCGCAUUACUUCUUACGAUGUUAUUCCUGUGUGUUCUCCCCGUGGGCUACGCCAUCGUCUGGGUCAGGCCCUCCUGGCACUGCGGGCCAUUUUCCGGAUAUCACAGAAUAUAUUACCUGGCCACCCAAAGUCUGAGAGACGUAUUACCCCGAAAAGUUCACAAAGCUCUGGAUUACAUCGCAUCCCCCGGUAUCGUAAUUCCCCUGAUCGUUUUGAUGGCUUUGAUAAUUUACUACAUGGUGUCCCUAACAGGCUCUCUCAGAGAGGCCAAUAACGAUCUGAAGAUUCAACUGCGAUAUGAGAGGACGGAGGAACGACGAAAAAUGUUCAAGAUCGCGGAGAAGAGGCGGCAAGGACAAGACACUGCUUUUGCCAAAUGGAAGAAAAUUCUGCCACCAACGGGAUUAGGAAAAAUUGCGUCCACCGAUGGACCAAAAAUCUCAACAGGGAUUGGAAAUAUUCUUCAAGAAAAACGUAAACGAGCAAUCGAGAGAAUUCGUACUCUGACAUCCGAAGGUGACGAGGCAACUGACGCCGAGCCCUCAUCACUGCCUGUGGAUCCAUCAUUCCCUAAGGAAGUCCCAGACCAAAGGGAAAUUACUGAGAACUGGGAUUCAACCAAAUUGGGGACCAAUAUACCACGCAUUCACAUAGACGAAAUAGAACUCAACGCUGCGUUAUCAGAGACGACUGAUAACGCCCAGCAUACACCGUCGAUGGGAAAUGGAGUGAAUGAAGACGAAAGUCAUGAAGAGAAAAAUGAAAAGAAUGAGAGUAAACCAAAUGAUCCCUGA